AUGAUGAAUACCACAUCGGAUACUGAUGAUAAAGAAUUAAACUUUAGUGAAAAACUUUUGGUAAACGACAUUGUUGAUCCUGCUGAAAUGUGUAAGUCCAAAUGUGGCUCGAAAUAUCUAAGUGCUUUGGUUUAUAUGUCAUUACAUUCCUUCAAGAUUAAAUGGGAAGAUAUCGAUGAAUAUUUAAAACGUAUUGGUUUUAUGACUGCGCAGACGUCUCACAAAUGGGCAACAGUGUUUAUUAACGGAGAUUAUGAAGAGUUUUCAAGUGAUCUACGUGGUGGUAAACACAUUGAUUCAUUUUAUGAUAUGUUCCUUGAAAUUGAGACGGAUGCAAAAGCAUUUGUUGUUGAAGCAUGUUCAAGAAAAUCCGCAGAUUUCAAAGCAUCAUAUCUAGCUCAGUUUAUUGAUACAAAGUAUUAUGAAGUAACAGGAUCUGAAAAACAAGGUGGGGACGAUUUGAUAACAUCCGAAAGCAGCUGUCGUUUGAAUCUUCGGAGAUGGAGAGCUAAAUUCGAAGCAAAUUCACAGCAUUUUUAUUAUACUAUUACUGAUGGUGAAACACCUACGUGGAAAAUGCCAACUCAAAAACCUAAUAGAAUACUUAUAUGUAAGUGGAGUAAUCGAAGCUUUAAAGGACGUGGCCGUCGUCAUAUGGUUUCUGAUUUUCUUGUUCAACAUCCCAGUGGACCAUUUUUUGAACUUAACGAAAAUGAAUGGAAGCAUGCUGUCCUGAAAUAUAAAUCGCUAAAUGCCGAUUGUGAUGUUAAUUAUGUGGAUCGAACAACAACAGCUAGUAUUAAUAUGGGAACAGAUGCUUAUUUCUAUAAUGAUACGAUUCUGGGACAGUUUGAAAGGUUAUUUCAAAUGCUAGAAUUCAAGCAAGACUACAAGUAUAAUCAAGUAGAAAUUAUAGUAGACAACGCAAGGACUCACACAACCGAAGCAUAUUCAUUACAAGACUUUGGUAAAAGCAUUGGCACUCGAUGUCCGGUUGAACAAAUUGAGUAUGUUGAUGAAAAUGGCAAAAUACAAAUUAUUGAUUGUUAUUUUAAAGAGGGAAACAACAAAGGUAGAUCAAAAGGCUUAGUUGAACUAUGUAAAGAUUUAGGGGUACAAUUACCAGCCAAAAUUAAAUUAAAUUAUUGA